AUGAAGAACCGAAGAAACUUUUGCAAGAAGAAAAAAAUUAACCUGGUUUAUAAAUGUUUGCACAGUAGAUGUGAUUUAUUUUACGAUAGCGUGCUCGGGUUAAGACGACAUAUUUCUCAUUACGACCACAAUUUAUACUAUAAUGCUGGAUACUCGUUAAAAUGUCCCGUUAGGAAAUGCGAUAUGUCGAUAUGCGAGCUCGAUAAUACGGAUUUCCUUUACAGUCAUUUCGAAAAGGAACAUGCGCCGCGAUUGGUGGCACAGCUUAAAGACACGCUGGUGCGAAUAAAAAAGACAUACGAGACAACAAAUAUAAACUAUUUGGAGCUUAAUGCAAGUGACAACUGCGUUAACUUGUCGAUUGUGAUGCGAGAGAACGAUUUGCUGAAGGAUGUUAUGUGUUUUGUGUAUCCGAAUGGUGUGAUGAAAAUCAAUGACAUUGAUAAGCCAGAUUUAAUUUUCUGUGGCAUUCCAGGAUGUGGCAAGCAUUUUAAAUCAGUUAUGGCGUACAAAUAUCAUUGUCAGACCUAUCUGCACUCUUUCAUUACGCUAUUCGACAGCUAUUGCAGAAAUAGGAACUUAGAUAUUGAUUACGAACUUAUACGAGGCCUGCUAUGCCGAAAGUUUGCAAUAGUCGAUAAGUUUUAUCUUGAAGGCGUAACUCAUCAUUCGAUCUUUUCGCCCGACCAGUUCUACACAUUUACUUUCUCGAUGGAUAAAGAACUGUAUAUACGCAAAAAAAGACACAGAAGAAAUGAUAUGAAUGUUUUAGAAUACAACAAUCUUCUAGAAGAGGAUAUUUCUGUUACGGACUUCUCGGACCAAAUUGAUUCGCUACCAUCAAAAAUUUACUAUAGAGGUGCAAAAUACGAUGUUUUUGAAAGUUUUGAGGAUAAAAACUUCAAAUGUGUGAAUUUUAAGAGUGAAGUCACGGCAGCAGAAAAACACACAGAUUAUUUUUGUGUGACAUAUAGAGGUUUUAGCAGAAGAGAAAGCAAGAUGUUUGAAUUUUAUAGAGAAGAAUGUAAAAUAGCGUUUUUUUGUAAAAAAAGUCAAAUAAGGGAAUUUACGCACAGUUACGGAUUUGUAAGAAAGAUCAAGUUUGUCGAUGCAAAGGAAUACUUUUUUUACUUGGCCUUGUUCAACGAUGGGUUCCUGCGUUAUUGCAAAGAUGAUCAGGUUUUGGUACAAUACCAGCAAGAGAAAAUCACGAAUUUUGUCAUUUUGGGUAAUUUUAACACCGAUGGGAUUGUGGCGACCGAUGGUUUUUAUCUCUACAAAUUUGAGGGUCCCAACAUCAUAGCCACAUCUACCAAAUUCGAGUUCCCCAUAAUAGCUAUGGAGGCGCGGAACACGUCAAAUAAGGAAUUGUAUCUUUUGAACGCUAAUGGAAAGAUUACGUAUUGUGACAAGAACUUUAGAAACGAGCAAGAGAUAUUAACACAUGCAGGAAUAACCAACAUAAUUUAUCUCAGCGAUAUCGACGGCCUGCUUGUUUGUGACUCGUUCAUGGGCACUACCAAACUAAUUUAUCUGGACGAUCAGAAAAGAAAGAUGUGUUCGCUGGACAGCAGUUUCGUAUGCUGCUCGGAAAAUGUCAAGAAAUUGAUAAUCUCAGGAACAUAUGAUGGUGUAGUAACCACCAAUUCAAUAACAAAGAAGAGAAAGGUUUGUGCAGAAAAAAUAUUUGAGAUAAUUAGAAGAAAGGAGUACUACUUCAUAUGCUCUGAAGAAUAUGAGUUAUCUGUUUGUAAAAACAAGUCUGAUAGCGACUUUGAUGGUGCUGUUCGCAUCGUUAAUGCUUUUCUAAUUGACAACUUUAUGGUUAUAGCCAUAAUGAGCGGAUUCGUUGUUUUUCUGGACGUAAGAACUCUUGGGUGUAAUAAAUGA